UCGCAGUCGCAUUUUGCACGCCGAUUUUGCUUAUGUGCUCGAUCCCACAUCGGGACCUGUUUGUUCCAUGAGCCGGUCACUUCAUGAGAGCGAGGGUAAUUUACGAUUUUUCGGCUCAAGGAGAAGGCGAGCUCAGUGUUGCCCAGGGUGAAGAAAUAACUGUUCUCGACCAGACGGUCGGCGAUGGGUGGUGGAGCGCUAAAAAUGAUUUUGGUCGAGAGGGUCUUGUACCGUCAUCCUAUGUCGAGCCCUUUGAUUUGCCGGAACCUACUGCACCUCCCCCGCCUCCUCCUAAAUCUUACCCUGAACUCGACGUGCACCCCCAGAUAGAUUGGGAUGACGAUUGGGACAGUGAUGAUAGCUCUUCACAGGCGGUGUACCCACGUUGGCGUUCGACGCAAGGUGGACCGCAUGGCAUUGGUACCCAACGCGCAAUGGAGUCCUCUGUUAUUUCAAACUCCACAAGUAAAAUAUCCUUCCAACCUGGUCCUACACCUGUUCAGUCGGAUUCCAUGCGGUUUGCUCCUAUCCGAAAGGCAUUCAACAGAUCACACAUCAGAUGCGGAGCUGAAGAUUACCUCUUGCAACUGGAACCUCCUCCAGCUCCCCGCAUUGAAGCAAUCAUUGAGCAUUCAAAUGGGAUGUUCACGUGGAAGCCGGUCUCGGAACCGUUUCAAUGCACCAUAACUUCAUUCCGAAAGGAUUCCAAGAUGAAAGGGAUGAAAAGUUUCAUCGCCUAUCAACUCACUUCCCCGUUGGCUUCUUCUCAUGUGAACCGUCGAUACAAGCACUUUGAUUGGUUACACGCCAGACUGACGUCAAAAUUCCCGUGCAUAUGCAUUCCUCCGCUUCCCGAGAAAGUUAUCACUGGUAAGUCUCCACAUCCGUCUCCGUUGGCUUGCUCCGGUUUGCCAUCGCUUCUUUCGUCCACUUUAAAUGUACACAUUCAUCGUAAUAAUCAACCUUCUAAUUGA